AUGCCAGGCCCCGCCUUUGAUUCUUAUCCCGGCGAUGCCCUAGUCUUGUCCUCUUUGGAGGCUCGAGAAGUGGUCUAUCCUCUCCGGCACGAACUUAAGCCUCCUAUAGCUCGAUUAUCCAUUUCCUGGGCCAGAGGCAACUCCUUCCGUGUUUCCAUUUUCAAGCAGCAGUGUGGUGACCAUUCCUCAGACUCUGAUGACGGUGAAGUUGGCGGACAAGUAUUGGAGGUGAAGAUCAGAAACGGAGACGGAGAAACUAGUGCUGCAGAGUUUCGGAGGAUCGCGUACGGUUCAGUCUCCCCCUUUGCGCUUCUUCAGAGUCGGAAACGUAUGGUUUCGGGAUUGUCGAAGAUGUCGAUGGGUUUGUCACGGUUUAAUCCGGAUGGGUGGGAAUACUUAGCGGAGUAUAGCAAGGACAUCAGUUCAGUUAUUGGUAAUCCGAAGUCAAUUCCUAGCUCAGCGAUUGAGGAUCCCCUGGAAAUUUUGAAGAAAGUCAAGGAGCCUACUUGUUUGAAAGCUGCAUGGGAGCUGAUGGAUGUGUUUUAUGCCGACAAGCAGUCUCAUUGGUGGCUUAAUGAACGCCUUGUUGAUUGGUUAGCUGAAUAUGAUAGCGUCCUCUCAACCACACAAUCAACAAUCCAUUCAAAACUUCUUGAUUUUCGAAAAGAGCUCAAUAACUUACAGGUAGUUGAGGAUAAUCCAAGUUAUUGGGAUUUGAUUUUAUCAGCAUUAGCAGUUGGCUGGCAAGAGAUUGUGGUGAAAAUGUUGCGCCUACAUGGAUCUUAUCAGCUGGAUCAGCUUAGCAAUCGGGAGACAGAGAAUGGACUGGUAGAGGCAGUGGCUUUUCUUAUUUCAGAAAUGCCACGCAUGCGCCCUGAGUUGGAUUCUGGUACAUUUGGCGAAUGCUUCAAAACUAAGCCUGAUUUUACCAAGGCAUGGGAAAAAUGGCGGUCGAAAAUAACCAAGUUGGACGGCUCUGCGUUUUGGGUUCAAUGUGCUCAUGUUCAGACCAGAAAAGGUUUGCGGAACAUGCUUCAGAUCAUUCUAGGAAAUGUUGAGAGCCUCAGUGGUGCGACCUGCAACUGGAUGGAGCUGUAUAUCUCUCAGCUUUUGUAUGUUAGACCAUUCGCAAUGGGUCUAGAAAGCAUGUACAACCUUGCAGAAAGAUGUAUGCAGUUAAAACCAGCUUCUAAAACUGAUCGCUUGAUGGGGCUAAUAAUUGGAAUUCUUGGAGAAAGUACAGAGGUUGUUUUAGCAGAGUGUUCUAGAGGAUUUGGCCCCUGGAUGGUUACACAUGCCAUGGAAUUAUUGACUAAAGAGAGUGAUCAAGCAGAAAUCCUUCUACAAGAAGAGCGCCAUGAUCUUGGGGGAGUUAGCAUAGAGGAACUUCAUCGUCUUGUUUAUGCUCAGGUUCUCUGUUCACAUGCAUUUACUUUGCAGAUAGCUCCGAUUUACUUAACAUCAUGCGCAAAGCAGGGAAUUGGUUUUCUAGAAACUUUGUUAUACAGUCAAGCUGUUCAACAUAAUGGGAUGCUACUUAAGAAUUUAGAGAUAUGCCGUUUAUAUGAACUCGACAGCCUUAGUUCAAACAUUAUGAAGAUUGCUGGAGUUUACCAUUGGAAGCAUGGUCGGAAAGGUUGUGGAGUUUUUUGGCUUAGGCAAGCUGGGGAUGAAGUUCGCCUUAACAAGAUUGCCCAGCAAUUGUUUGAUUCAGUUGGAAAGUCCAUAUCUGAUGAAAGUUUCAAGCAAUGGGAUGGAUUGAUUGAAUUGUUGGGUUCUGAAUCUAAGAAUACUGGAGGGCUUGAGUUUCUCCACAAGUACAGUGAUUUCAAAAAAUCGCUUCAUCAGGUUCAUAACAAGGGGAAAACUACAGGUGUUGCACAGUCUGCAGUAGACUCUCUCAUUGCGCUUAUGAAGAACCCGUCAACACCUCAGCGCUUUUGGCUACCAAUUUUAAAUGACUCGUUGAAGCUUAUUGAUUGGCACGAAGGUCCUCUACUAAACGUUGAGCAGACCAACCUUUUGUUGAAUAAACUACAAGAGCUGUCAAUGGCAAGGCUUCGACCUGACUUUGUCGAAUCUGACUUGCCACCUCUGGCCUUGAGCUCCAUCAGGCUGGCUCUUGCCAAAAAUCUUGGACGUGCUUUUCUCGAGGGGUGACAAUGAUGAUGGCGAUGACGUGGACAACCACUUCCUGGCUGCAGUUAUCUAUCACCAUCAAUAAAAUUAUGAUGGUAUGUUCCCUCGUCAACGUAUUUGUAGAGAUGGCCUACUUUUCAGCUGGCUUCCCCCUCUUUUGAGGACUGAUCACUCAUGAACUGCAUGUCCAUCUUCAUGGCUUCCUCAUUAGUAUUGUUCCUACUGUUGAAGAUUUCACUAUUUGUCUUUAGGGUAAGGGUAGUCCCAAUCUUGUUUUGAUAGGAGGUUCAUGGGACAUGAAGAUCACCCAUGCAUAUGUUUAUUACAUUAAUGGUUGUUCGCAAGUGAAUUCAAACCUCAAGUAGUACAAAAGUGCAUGUCAAUUAUAACUAAACUAUGCUACAGCUUAGACAUUUGUAUCUCCUAUAGGACCGUAUACAAUUAGGUUUAGUUUGAUUAGAUUUUAUCCAAAAAGAAAACGGAUUUACAAUUA